GACCUUGCAACUGCAAAGCCUCAGCUGUGCCUGAGAGCACUUUCCAGUCCUGCCUACCGCCUACCGCUGUGCCGCGCUCGCUGCCAUGUCGUUCAUCCCGGUGGCUCCGGAGUGCGACUUCCCCAUCCAUAACCUGCCCUAUGGCGUCUUCUCCACCAACAACCUCCCCAGACCGAGAAUCGGCGUGGCCAUCGGUGACCAGAUCCUGGAUCUGAGCAUCAUCAAGCACCUCUUCACAGGGCCCAUCCUCUCCAAACACCAGGAUGUCUUCGAUGAGUCGACACUCAACAGCUUCAUGGGCCUGGGCCAGGCUGCGUGGAAGGAGGCGAGAGCAUUCCUGCAGAACUUGCUGUCUGCCAACCAGUCCAGGCUCAGGGAUGACCUGGAGCUGCGGGAGCGCGCCUUCACCUCCCAGGCCUGUGCCACCAUGCACCUGCCAGCCACCAUAGGAGACUACACAGACUUCUAUUCCUCGCGGCAGCACGCUACCAACGUUGGCAUCAUGUUCAGGGGCAAAGAGAACGCGUUGAUGCCCAAUUGGCUGCACUUACCAGUGGGUUACCAUGGCCGGGCUUCUUCCAUUGUGGUGUCCGGCACCCCGAUCCGCAGGCCCACGGGACAGAUGCGACCUGAUAACUCUCAGCCUCCUGUGUUUGGCACCAGCAAACUCUUGGACAUCGAGCUGGAAAUGGCUUUCUUUGUAGGCCCUGGAAACAGGCUGGGAGAGCCCAUCCCCAUUUCCAAGGCCCAUGAGCACAUUUUUGGCAUGGUCCUCAUGAACGACUGGAGUGCCCGAGACAUUCAACAGUGGGAGUAUGUCCCCUUGGGGCCAUUCCUCGGCAAGAGUUUCGGUACCACCAUCUCCCCGUGGGUGGUGCCCAUGGACGCCCUCCUGCCCUUUGCUGUGCCCAAUCCUGAGCAAGACCCCAAACCCCUGCCGUACCUCUGCCAUGACCGACCCUACACGUUUGACAUCAAUCUCUCCAUCGCCCUCAAAGGUGCAGGCAUGAGCCAGGCAACCACCAUAUGUAGGUCCAACUUCAAGCAUAUGUACUGGACAAUGCUGCAGCAGCUCACACACCACUCCGUCAACGGCUGCAACCUGCGCCCGGGGGAUCUCUUGGCUUCGGGAACCAUCAGCGGCUCGGAGCCGGGAAGCUUCGGCUCCCUGUUGGAGCUGUCAUGGAGGGGCACAAAGCCCAUUGAGCUGGGUCAAGGGCACACCAGGACGUUUCUGCAGGACGGCGACGAAGUCAUCCUGACAGGGCACUGCCAGGGGGACGGCUACCGUGUAGGCUUUGGCCAGUGUUCUGGAAAAGUGCUGCCCGCCCUCCUGCCAGCAUGAGGGGCUGUGAGCACCUCAAGUGCCCUGAAUGAGUGCUCUGCCAUAAAUAAAGCCAGCUGGGCCUGUCCCCAUGCCCUGAGACCA